AUGAAAUUAAAUGCAUUUCACCUUGUGGUUGUAGUUUUAAUUGUUUCAAUAUUCUCAGUUUCAUCAGAAGACCAAACCAAUGGAGAUAUUGAAUAUAUAGAUAGUAAUAAAAUUUCCUCAUACAAUGACGAAUUAUGCAAAGAUAUAUAA